AUGGUCAAGCUGGCAUCAACAUCCAAUGCCAUUUGGUGGAUUAAGAAUCCCAAGGCAGCCGGGGAAAAUAAGUCAAAAGGUCAACGCAAGGAGUCCUUGGGCUCAGCCUUCUGCUUGGAUAUGGCGGAUCUGGUUAGAAACAUAUCACUCCAGGGUUACAAUAAGCUUUUGUCACCGGACUUGACCUUGGGACAAAGGUUGAUUUGGUUGCUGGUACACAUGGCUACCACAGUCUCCCUGAUUGUGGUGCUCUCGCUAACCUGGGAGCAGUUUGUGGCCCAAUCCUUUGUGAUCAAUCUAAAGGAUCCUCUCUACCCAGUGGAGAAUGUCCCAUUUCCUGCUGUUUCCAUCUGCCCCAACAAUCGCAUCUCUCGUCAGGCGGUCAUUAGAUAUGCUGAAGAAUUGAGGCUAAACAGUCCUGUUAUUCGCCCAGUGGAAUACUUCCUAGAGCGCCUAAGUUUCUUACGCGAGUUCUAUACACACGUUGGCGUAGUGGUGGACACCGAUGACUUCAUUACCUUCCAGACCUUCCUCGACGUCUUCGGCACCUGGAACAAUGAGACCUUCUUCGACACUCGCCGUAUAAUGAAAAUGCUGACCCCGCGUUGUCAAGAAUUCGUGCUGAAGUGCACCGUAGCCAAUGUGGAAGUGCCCUGCUUCAGCAAGGAUGCCUUUCAGGAUAGCCUCACCAUGUAUGGACCCUGCUGCACAUUUAACAUGGAGAACAAGCUGAAAAAACGCCACUACAAGAAUCGCCUGGCCAGCUCGGAACUGGGUCUGAAAGUAGUCCUGAAUGACAGUCACGUGGACUUCUUUGCCCCUAUUCUGAACACCAAUGGAUACAUUGUCCUGAUUCACAAUGCUGAGAACUAUGCCUCGGUAUCUUCCUCCAAUGUGCUCGAGAUGUUUCCUGGCCAAGGAGAGGAUAGCUACAUUGCGGUCUACGCGCGAGUGGUGGACACUGAUGAUAGCCUAAAAUCCUUCUCGCCGUUCAGUCGCCGCUGUUAUUUCGAGUACGAGGCCCAGAAUCCAGUCCAUGAGGAGCUUAUGAAAACGUACAGCUAUAGCUACACCUUCCCGAAUUGCAUAAGCAGGUGCCGGAUCCGGAGUAUCAUUGCCCUGUGCCGGUGCCUGCCCUUCCAGAUGCCCCUUCAACUGGUUGAGAACCUCGAUGGCGUUGUCUUCUGCACCCUGGGACACGUUUCCUGUCUCAAUCAGUACAUGUUUAAGUGGCGAAAUAUCCUGACGGAAAGGCACAUUAUUAAUGGCUUGGAGCGGGAAAUCGAAGAGGCUCUUUACUGCCCACAGUGUCUGCCCUCCUGCCGGGAUGUCCAGUACGGGGUUUCAAUGAGUGCCCUGCCCAUCGAUAACUACCUGGCCACCCUUAAGCUGGACGAGAACAACGAGACAGAGUUCAGCACAGACAUCUCCGUUCUCAGGGUUUACUUCGGAGAGCCCCAUGCCCAAUACUAUAUCCGACUGCUGAAUAACACCUGGUUCGAAGUGUUCAGUACCAUAGGUAACAUCAUGUCCAUUUUCGUCGGCUUCUCCAUGGUGGCCAUAUUCGAGAUACUCUUUUUCUUCACCAAGUACAUCUAUGAGGGCUGCCAUCGCAUGGUGGAGCAGAAUAUCAUAGAUCGGAAGGCCAAGGAGCUGGAAACGAAGAAGUUGUACAUAUGUCCUUGAAUAACGUUUGGCAUCCUUAC